UUUAAUCUAAAAUAAAAAUAUAAAGACUUUUGAAUAAUUAAAACAAUUUUGAAACAUUAUACCUUAGUUUUACCUAAUGAAGUGCGUGGCCGGACCCAUGGAGUUAUAGUUCCAGCAGUUGAUAGCGUAAAUAUACGCCACAAUACUGUAUUGGAUACGAAGGUCAAAAGAGAGCUUCUGUUCUAUUUAUAAAUGACCGUCACUCCUCCAUGGAAUUCGGGAAAAGAUUGCAAGAUGAAUUCCAUCUCAGACGUGUAUUACUACUUGCUAUGCUUCCUCCUGUCGCUCGUCUCUGCUUUUCUUAUUCGAUCCAUCUCCAACAAAUCCAGUGAAUCAGCUCCCGGCCGCCAUCUUCCCCCAAGCCCACCGUCUGUCCCAAUCAUCGGUCAUCUCCACUAUGUCAGGCCAUUACUACAUAAAUCCUUCCACCACCUUUCCGCCAAAUACGGCCCACUACUCUAUCUCCGCCUCGGCUCUUAUCCCUGCCUUGUCGUUUCCUCACCCUCAAUGGCUGAAGAAAUCUUCAAGACCCAGGAUGUCAACUUUGCAGCUCGCCCUGUAUCUCCUUUCGGAGACGGCUUACUCUUUGGAGCCGACGGCUUUACCACCGCUACGUACGGAGACUACUGGAGGUUCAUGAAGAAACUUUGCGUGACUGAAUUGCUUGGAACACGACAGGUGGAAAGAUCAGGGACUGUUCGGCACCAAGAAAUUGCACGGUUUUUGCGUCAGAUGAUUCAAAGUGCAAGCAAUAGUGAGGUUGUUGACGUGGGUGCUCAGCUCAUGAAGCUUACAAAUAAUAUUAUUUGCAGGAUGGUGAUGAGUACAAGUUGCUCGGACGAAGAUGAUGAGGCGGAGAGGAUUAGAGAGCUGGUGAAGAGAUCAUUUGAGCUGGUUGGAAAGAUGAGUCUUGCUAAUUCGUUGGGACCGUUGAAGAAAUUUGGAUUCUGGUUAUAUGCAAAAGAAGCAAAGGAGGUGACUACAAGGUAUGAUGAGAUGUUUGAGAAGCUACUUAAGGAGCAUGAAGAGAGAGCAAAAACCAAUGAUAGAGAGGGUAAUAAGGAUUUGAUGGAUAUUCUCUUGGAAGCUUAUCAUGAUGACGAGGCAGAGUUUAGGAUUACUCGGAGACAGUUGAAAUCCUUCAUUCUGGAUCUGUUCCUUGGGGGCACCACUACUUCAGCAGAAACCAUGCAAUGGGCAGUAGCAGAGCUCAUUAAUCACCCUAAUGUUUACAAGAUUGCCAGAGAUGAAAUAGAGUCAGUUGUUGGAAGAAGUAGACUGGUUGAGGAAACAGAUAUCCCAUGCCUCCAUUAUCUGCAAGCAGUUGUGAAGGAAACAUUACGAUUACAUCCAAAUGCUACCUUAAUACCAAGAGUCUGCCAUCAAGACUGUAAAAUCAAUGGCUUUGAUAUACCUGCAAGUACUCCAGUGGUAGUCAAUGUCUAUUCCGUAGGCAGAGAUCCAGCAAUAUGGGAAAAUCCAAACGAGUUCUGCCCUGAGAGGUUCCUAGUUUCCUCUAAAUCUGAAACCAAGGGACAGAAUUUUGACUUUCUUCCUUUCGGAGGUGGAAGAAGAGCGUGCCCUGGAAAAAACUUGGCUUAUGCAGUAAUCAAUACCGCAAUUGCAUCUAUGAUCCAGUGCAUUGACUGGAAGGUUAUUGGUGAAGAUGGAGAUGGGGCUAAACUUAGUAUGCAAGAAGCAGUGAGCGUGUCCUUGACGAUGGCUUCUCCACUUCGAUGCCUUCCUUCGGUUUAUUUUAAUCCAUUUGAGGCUUAAAUAUGACUCUUCAAAGUCAAAUGUCAAAUAGUUUUAGCUUAAAUAUGACUCUUUUCUAUAUGUAUAUAAAUAUAUAUAUCUA